AUGAUCUCAGAGUCGCGGCAGACCCACUCGGUCUGGAUCCACGACCUCGUUCCUGGGGUCGUGAAGGACAAAGUCAACUACAUGUGGUACUAUCAACGUCAGACCUUCAGAACUGGACCAGGAGUCGCCCUCCAGCAUAUCGUCGGGGACUUUGAUCGCACUGUCAUCCUGUCCACAGAGAACCUGUCCUGUUUCAAGGCCAUCAGUCAGGAUGUCUCCAGAAUCGUUAGGACGAAAGAUGACUACAACAUCAGCGGUGGGGAGAUCUUGUUGCUCGGCUCCUCCGUCUCUUCUAGCCUUCUCACUGAAUAG